AUGAAGAAGGUUUUCAAUAUUGGUGACUUUCGACUGUGCCAGAAAGGAGUCUGCAAUGCCAAUAUGGAUGGCCGAGAUAUUGUGUGUGUCAUGCCUACCGGAGGUGGCAAGUCAUUAACCUAUCAACUUCCUGCUCUCCUGACACCAGGGUGUACCCUUGUGAUAUCUCCCCUUAUUUCCCUGAUGACGGACCAGAUUCUACAUCUGAAAGAGUCAGGAGUGGAAGCUGUAAUGUUAACAGGGGGAACACCGCGUCACUUACUCAACGAGAUUCAGCAAAGACUAACAUCCAUGGCAUCGUCUCGGGCACAUGGACAUCAAGGUCGGGACAUUAAAUUAUGCUACGUCACGCCAGAGAAAAUAGCUAAAAGCAAGACAUUUAUGUCUCUUCUGCGCAAGCUUGUGGAAGGUGGAAAGCUUGCUCGGAUCGUUAUCGAUGAAGCCCACUGCGCUUCUCAAAUGGGACACGAUUUUCGCCCAGACUACAAAAAACUGAGCAUCCUUCGCCAGUUCUUUCCUCAUGUACCCAUUCUCGCAUUGUCUGCAACCUGCCCUCCGAGAGUCCUCCAAGAUAUUCUCAAGAUUCUCAAAAUGAAACCGGUGAUAGAUGGGAAAGCUGCUCCACCAGAUGGCACAGUGUAUUUUUCUGCCCCUCUGUACCGCAAAAAUCUGCAUUACACUGUCUUACCAAAACCAUCUUCAGCAAAAGAACUCAUCGUGACAAUGUCGGACUACAUUUUGCAAAAUCACAGAAAUGAUAGUGGUAUCAUAUAUUGCCUCACAAGAAAGGAUGCAGAAUCGGUUGCUGAAAGCAUCCAAGCGGUGAGCAACGGCCGCAUCAAAACGGGCGUCUACCACGCGAAUGUCGAGGAUGAACAGAAAGAAAGGCUUCAUAUGCAGUGGAGGGAAGGGAAAGUUCAGGUAGUUUGCGCUACAAUAGCUUUUGGCCUAGGGAUUGACAAGGGCAAUGUUAGAUUCGUGCUUCACCAUACAGUGCUGCUCGCCAUUUCACAGAAAUCUCUCGACGGGUAUUAUCAGGAGUCUGGACGUGCUGGGCGAGAUGGCCAAGAUGCAGACUGCGUGUUGUACUAUCGUCCACAGGAUGCUACUCGUCAGGCUUCCAUUACUUGCAGUGAUCAGGAUGGCAUGGUGAAAUUGCAUGACAUAUUACGUUUCGCGCAAGAUAUGCAAGAAUGCCGCAAGAUCUUAUUUGCAAGAUACUUUUCGGAAUCAUCCGAUCUCUCUAUGGCCUCAUGGACCACGAACGAAUCAGAUGCAAUGGACCGAUGCGGCCAUUGCGAUAACUGCACAAGACUUCCUGCCAACGUGGAACACAAGGACGCUACAAUUGAAGCGUGGCAGAUUCUAAAGAUACUCGAAGCUGUAGAGGGUAGCGGCGGGCGGCUGACUAUUUCUGGUCUCAGUGACCUGGCGCGCGGUUUGGGUGGUGGUUCAUUCGAAACUGGUGGUGGCGGAAAGCGCCGAAAAGCUAAAGAGAAGAUACAGAUUGAUUAUGAUUCCGUGGCUGGGGGUAAAGUGAGGCUGUCAAAGGACGAUAUGGAGUCGCUAAUUGUGCAGAUGCUUGUGUUGCGGUACCUCGAGGAGACCUUUUCGUCAACGGCAUACACUGUGAAUGUUUACGUCGCACCCGGUAAUCAAGCGCUCCGGCUCACCCGCUUCGCUCGCGAAGAUAUCGUCAACGGAGGCGGGUCCAGAAUCCAAUGCUCCUUCAGGAGACAUGGGCGUAAAGUAAAGAGCAAGAAGGCUGGUAUUAACGGGCAAUCUCCUAAUAUGCUGGAUCUUCAAGAAAGCACCACUGCCGGCCCGUCACGAAUUCGGAAACCAGCCCAACCAAGAAAGAAAAGGGUAUAUGAAGAUGUAUCGGACCCAGACGAAAUUGACGGAGAAGAUUUUACGAGCCAGAUAAGGAUGGUUGAUGCCGAGGAGUCGGAUGAUGACGAUGAAAACGAUGCAGAUUGGGCUUACUCACUUAGACCGCCUCAACCAACCAAGAAACGGCGAAAGAGUGAAGGGCAGGCGAAGGGAACUCCCGCCAGAUUAAAUACAAGGACGAGCGGGGAUGAAUAUGAGGUCAUAUCUCUCUCAUCAGACUAA